GUUAAUCGCUUGGAUUUGAUAUGUGACAUGGCAUGCGUCAAGGUGUCAAACAAGGGCAAGCUCACUUUUCGCUUGACACUAUUCUUUUUAUACGUCUGACAUCUUCAAUUUUUCACAUUGUGUAGAUAUUUGUUUGGAUACAACGUGAAAUAAAUAUGAAUUCAGAUAUUCCAGAAAAGUGAUGAUGCCCCCCUGAUAAGCUGUUCAUAAAUUGUAUCUGGUGCUUCACAUCCCAGACGCUUGUGUGUAGUACAUGUUUGUAUCUUCGAAUAGAUCCAACUUUGAGCCAGAAAAGACACUUCUAGCAACGGUUGCUAGUGACAUCCCUACUACAAUGACAUCUGCACAGACAUCUCAGACACAGAACUUGUACCAAUGCAGACUAUGCCUGAAAAGGACUCCUACGCGGGUGAACAUUUUCGGUGGAGACUUCCCCAAGAUGUUGGAGAUCUUGACUUCCAUCAAGGUGCGUGAGAACGAUGGUCUACCGAAAUACUCCUGCCUAAAAUGUGCUCAGGAUGUUAAGUCCGCACUAAUAAUAAAGAAGCGCAUUAUCAAAGCUCACAAAUAUCUCAUCGAAAACUUACGGAAACGAAAUAUAUCUACUGUAUCAAAUCAAAGAGCACCCGUUCAAGCUGCUCAGACAUCACGGAAACCAGUUUUAAGAUCUAGAAAAGUUGUAAUACCAGACAAACGCACCGAACCGAAAACUGAGACGAAGUCUCCAACAGCUCAAUUUAGCAAUGAAAAUACUGUGGAUCAACAAAAUUCUGAUGAUGUUCGUGAGAACGAUGGUCUACCGAAAUAUUCCUGCCUAAAAUGCGCUCAGGACGUCAAGUCGGCUCUUAUAAUAAGACAGCGUAUCAUCAAAACUCACAAAUAUUUCAAAGAAUGUGUAAAGAAGGGAAUUAUCCCUAAAUCAGCUCAGCGGACGGCUAUUCAAGUUCAGCCUCCUCAAAAAACGAUCCUUAAUAAACCAACAAACUUGACACCAUAUAAACAAAAUGAACCAAGUAAAACAGAAACUACAAAACUUUCAACAGUAUCGAUCAAUGAAAAUUCUUCCAGUUCACAGGUAUUGGAAAAUUCAGAAGAUACAAUGGCUAAAGUUGAAGUUAAGCUUGAACCCUUAAGUGAAGGUGAAAAUAGCAAUGAUGCGUUUGCAGCAACUGAGAACAGUGAUGCGUUUGUAAACGAAAUUAGAUACGAAGCGAAUACUACUCGUAAACAUAUCAAUUUGAAAUGCGAGCUAUGUAAUGACUCAUUCUCUGACAGAUAUGCUUACUAUCUACACUCCCUUAGACAUCAAAAGGUGAAGUGCGAUAUUUGCAGUAAGGUGACUAGGAAAGACAAUUUCAAGAAACAUAUGCUUUUGCACUCUGAUAUUGAACCAGCAGUCUGUAAUUUGUGUGGCGCCACAUUCAAGAACCCAGAGAGUCUUCGUGGACAUACGCGUUAUAUACAUAACAAUCGAAACGUAAUUUGUGAAGAAUGUGGGAAAAAAUUCAAAACGAAAUACUACCUUGACUUGCAUAGGAAUAAGGUUCAUACUGGCACGAGAAACUUUAAGUGUGACACUUGUGGAAAAGCUUUCUUCACUAAGGCAGACUUGUGGAAACAUGACAGGAAAACUCAUAAAAAGAUGCGACCUUACAUCUGCGAGUACUGUAAAACAGGUUUUUCCUCGCAAUAUGCGCUCAAGACACACAGAAGACAGCACACUAAUGAAAAACCGUUUAUUUGCGAUCAUUGUAAUGAGGGAUUCAGACAAAAGGUGUCACUACGCUCUCAUCUAAAAUCCAAGCAUGGUAUUGAAGAAGCCAAGGAAUUUAUUUGUCCAGAGUGUGGCAGAGGUUUUGCAACAAAGUUUGCUUUGAACGUUCAUCAAAAGCAGCAUGCUAUCAUAAAGUGUAGCGUGUGCUCCGAACCUUUUGCUGGACAGGAAUAUUUGUAUAACCACAUGAAAGAAGUUCACGGUAUUGAUAAUGACAUGGAAGAAGAUGAGAGUCAAGAUACAGAGGAGAGUCAACAAGAACAAUCAGAUCUUACGGGAGGGUAGCUCUAAGUUAUAAUGACUGAAUUAUCAGAAUUGUCUUCUGUUAAAUGUAUGUGGUACGUGCGCAAUAGUUUUAAUGUGUGGAAUUAUUAUUACAGUUUCGCCAUGCUACCAGUAGUGUUACACAGCUAGACUGUGUAAAUGGCAACACUGCAUAUGAUAUGGCUGUACUUAGCGAUCUUGUAUAUUUGGCUUACUUGAAGUAAAGCAUUUAUUGAUGAAAUUGGCAACACUUUUCAAUGCUAACCUAUCCUAACUAUAUGAAAUAUAUUGAGAAAAUACAGGGCUCGGGCAUGCAUCACUGCAUUGAGCAACUCAGUACUUCCUUCACUUUAAAGUCACUGUUUGACCGUAAUUACAAUGAUGUUGCGCAUGAUGCAUGAUUAUACGCUCUGAAGUCUACAAUGUUCGACAAUUUUAGUAUCCUAAGCAACUAUCACAAUACACUCUUAAGAAGCUUCAAAAACAUCCAAAACGUAUCAUGACCAAAAUCGUUGAUUAACAUAUUCAACCAGAAUAUACCCAAAGCAGUGCUCGUGUGAAAAUAAGCCUACGUAACGUAGAGCCGCCAAACAAUCAUACAUACUGGGCAUGUAACCAGGUGACAGCCUCAUCGUUGUCUCGAUUGCCUCACUUCAUUAACAAAACGAAAGAAACUUAUAUUUUUAUAAUGAGAAAUAUCUUACCGUUUACAGCACCAAAGAAAAAUAUGUGAAAAAUGACGUAUUUUAUUUAUUAAAACAUGCUUUUCUAGUAAAACAAAACUGAUAUUUAUUUAUAUUCAUAUUUGCAAAAUAUUCGCUCGAGUUUUGCGAAUGCGAGUAUCAAGAAACAUGCAAAUAUUUGCGAAUGCAAAUGCGAAUAUUCGUUACAUCAGCAUUGCUUCCUUAAAAACUGUUGCCACAAACUCUGAGGAUAUGAAAUCUCGAGCGAGCAUACACUCGAUAAAUCAAUUCGGAAAAUGGGGUUACAUUGCAUUGGUAUGAAAAUGGUUAUUCAACUACAAAGUUAGGAAUUAAAAAUCAAACUAGUCAGUUUUAUCCGUAACAGGUAUAAGAGAGAUAAUGUACUCAACUCAAAAAGUAGAAAAAUAGUUAUCUUGUUUGUAAAGUAAGUUGAUAUGUCCCCAAAAAUUAAGGACUUCCAAGAGGUUCCAUAAAUCGAUUUAUUAUAGACACUUGAUGGACAUGGAAAUCCAUUCUCUAUGAGAUGUGUCGAAACGAGUCGAACUCAUAAGAAUAUUUAGAUGAAACUUUUGCUAUUGCAUAUUCUAUAACAAAGCAGUGAGGAGUACAAAGUACUUGAACGCCAUUUUUUUGCAAAUGUUUCAGGUUUCUGAAAACGACGGUCUACCGAAAUACUCCUGCUUGCAAUGCUCUAAAGAUGUUAAACAAUCAGUGAUAAUAAAGACGCGCAUCCUCAAGGCGUACAAGUACCUCAAAGAAUAUUUAAUGAAACAAGGCACGCCAAAUACAUCAAAUCCAAAAACAAACCUAGAUAAUUCUUCAACCUUGACAUCAAAGUGUUCAACAGUGUCAGUCAAUAAGGACACUCAUCAUUCAAGAACAUUAGAAAUUCCAGAAUACAUGACACCAAAAGUUGAAGUUAAGUCUGAACCCUUAGAUAACAGUGAUAAUAGCAAUGUUGCUGCUGAUAACACCGAUGAAUUUUCAAGGACCGAAGGAGUUCGAAAACAAAUUUUAUGCAAGAUCUGUAACAUGUCAUUUUCUGACAAGCGUGUUUAUUAUCAACACAGCCUGAAACACAACAAAGUUAAAUGCGACAUUUGCAAUACGGAGACUAGAAAAGACAAUUUCAAAAAACAUAUGCUUAUGCAUUCGUCUGGACCGAAAGUUUGCAAUUUGUGUGGUACUACGUCCAAGAAUGCCAUAAGUCUCGCGUCACACAUGUUUUACCAACACCGCAAUCAAAACGCUUUUGUUUGUGAAGAAUGUGGCGCAAAAUUCAACAGCAGAUACAAACUCACCUUGCAUAAAAAUAAAAUGCAUGGUGGCGUGAGAAGCUUCAAAUGUGAGACUUGUGGAAAGGCUUUCUUCACUAAAGGAGACUUGUGGGACCACGAUAGGAGGACUCACAAAAAGUUGCGACCUUACAUCUGCGAAUACUGCAAAACAGGUUUCUCGUCUCAAUAUGCGCUGAAGACCCACAGAAGGCAACAUACUAAUGAAAGGCCGUUUGUUUGUGAUCACUGUGAUGAGGGAUUCAGGCAAAGGGUGUCACUACGGUGUCAUCUAAAAUCCAAACAUGGUAUUGAAGAAGCCAAGGAAUUCAUCUGUACAGAUUGUGGUAGAGGCUUCGCAACAGACUAUGCUUUGAGUAUUCAUCAAAGAUUACACAGUACUAUAAAAUGUGGGAUGUGUUCUGAAUGUUUUGCCGGACGAGAAUAUUUGGACAACCACAUGAAAGAAGUCCACGGCAGUGAUAAUGACAUGGGGGAGGAUGAGAGUCAAGACACAGAGGAGAAUCGACAAGAACUGUCAUAGCUUUAAGUUCCUUCGAAUGGCUUGAUUCGUCAAAAAUAGUUUAACAGUUAUUUUUGUAUGCAUUAAUAUUACAGUUUGAAUGUAUGAAUAAAUAUUUAUGUUUAUAUUUUCAUCUAGAAAGAUGCAUAUACAGGGUGUUCCUUAAUGAUAUGCGAAUAUUUAAAGGUAUG